ACAAGAUGCUGUGCGUGCUCAACCCGCGCAAGGCCAACAUGCAGACGCUCAAGAACUGGGACCUCUGGGGCCCGCUCGUGCUGUGCCUCACGCUCGCGACGUUGCUCUCCUGGUUUGCUCCGUACGAGCAGAAAUCGCUCGUGUUUGCGUCCGUCUUUGUGAUUGUGUGCUGCGGCGCGACGGUGGUGACGGUCAACGCGCUGCUGCUCGGCGGCAACAUCUCCUUCUUCCAGUCCGUCUGCGUGCUCGGCUACUGCAUCUUCCCGCUCAACAUCGCCUCCGUCAUCUGCCUCAUCGGAGGGCCGCUGAUAUGGCGGCUCGCCGUGGUCGCCGUGUGCUUCUUCUGGUCCACCUCCGCCUCGCUCGGCUUUAUGGGCGAGCUCGUGCCGACCAACCGGCGCGCGCUCGCCGUGUACCCUCUCUUCCUCUUCUACACGAGCAUCGGCUGGCUCAUCCUCAUAGCGGCGCGCACGUCGCCGUACAGCUGAGCGCAGGGCCGCGGCCGAGACGGGCCGAACGCUGCGUCGGGCGCCGAGGGCGCACCAUGUCUAGUCGAUCGCGUUGCUGUGUUCAGACAUCAGGAGAGCUAAGUGGUUAUGUUAGAACAGCCGGCGUGGCCGCGCCGCGGGGCCUCGCCA